AUGGAAAACUUGAAAGACACUCAAAAAAGGCAAUCAGAUGGGAUGGAGGACAAUCAAAGUAAGCGACCACGACGCAGUGGCAGCAGUGCAAUUUCUUAUCUGUCACAAAGAGCUGACAUUAACUACGAGCUUAAACAGGAGGAGUUGAAGCUGAAGAGAGAUCGACAAGAGUUUGAGAAGAAACAAAUGGAAGUUUCUGCAAAUGCACAGAAGCAGUUCCAAGAGCAGCACAGUCAGCUUCUAAAGGUAGUGUUGCAGCAACAGCAACAACAGAGCCAACAAACACUGCUCAUGAUGCAACAGCAGCAGCAGCAAACAAAGGCAUUAUUGGACAUUAUGGAGCAUAUCGUAAAUAAAUAA